GUUCUCAAGUCAUUCUUACUGAACCAUCCGAGCUCAUAUCGGUGGCCUGCUCACCAUGUCGGUGUCUGUACAGACUCGAAGCCUUCUUGGCCACUGCACUGCGGUCCUGUUUAUGCUGCUCUUGAACACCUUGCUCGUUGAAGCGCACACCAUCCAACUCCCUCGUGCCACCGCUCGGUCCAAAGGCCGUGAGCGCAUCAGCCUCAACGAAGGCUGGAAGUUCUCUCGAUUCACCUUCAACCCCGAUUCCCUGUCAUACAGCACCCUAAAACCAUGGAUUCUCCCGUCAGCCAACGACUUCAUCAAGGGUCCCGAGCACCAACCCCCCUCAGGCACCCCGCCUGGCAGGAAUGUCACGUAUGUUCAAGCAUCUUUUGAUGACAGCAGCUGGGAGGGGCUCAACCUGCCCCAUGAUUGGGCCAUCAAGGGCCCGUUCAACGCGCCUGGCAUCAGUGGCGGCAUGGGCCGGUUGCCUACAAACGGCGUGGGAUGGUACCGUCGGAAGGUGACUGUGGCGCCUGAGGACAAAGGCAAGUCCAUCUUUCUCGACAUUGACGGCGCCAUGUCAUAUUCGGCCGUCUGGGUCAAUGGCCGCUUGGUGGGUGGAUGGCCCUACGGGUACGCGUCGUUCCGUCUGGAUCUCACUCAGCAUCUGAAAGUUGGUGGCGACAACAUGCUGGCCAUCCGGCUGGACAAUGCCGCCGACAACUCUCGCUGGUACCCUGGAGCAGGCAUUUACCGCAACGUGUGGCUCAUCAAAACCAGCCCUGCCCAUGUUACUCAGUACGGCACGUUCAUCACUACACCAGACGUGUCGGACGGCUCCGCAACCGUCAAUCUGGCUGUCGAGGUCCAGAACGACGCCUCAUCUGACCAGGCGGUGAAAGUGGAAACCGAGAUUCGCGUCCUUGACGGAGCCACCGGACAGCCUGGCACGGAUGUCGUGGCCAAGUUCAGUCCUGCAACCAUCAGAGUUCCGGCAGGCCAGAAGAAGUCCGUCAGCAGCUCGACGCGGGUAAAGAACCCGCGGCUCUGGGGCCCGGCACCAGCCCAGACACCAAACAUGUACGUCGCCAUGACAACUUUAUCGGCCAAGGGAACCAUCCUCGACACCUACGAGACUCCUUUCGGCAUUCGCUCCGUCAGCUAUGACGGCAACAAGGGGGUCUCCAUCAACGGAAAACCCGUGCGUAUCUGGGGCACCUGCAACCACGGCGACCACGGCGCGCUCGGAGUUGCCUUUAACACGCGGGCCGCCGAGCGCCAGCUAUCGAUGCUCCAAGAAAUGGGCAGCAACUCCUUCCGCACGUCGCACAACCCGCCCACCCCCGAACUCCUCGACUUGGCCGACCGCAUGGGCUUCAUGGUCGUCGACGAGAUCUUUGAUGCCUGGAACGUGGCCAAGACGUCGCACGACUUCAGCUCCCUCUUCCCGGACUGGCACGAGCCCGACCUGCGCGCCUUCAUCCGCCGCGACCGCAACCACCCGUCCAUCAUCGCCUGGAGCUUCGGUAACGAGCUCGGCGAGCAAUCCGCCGCUGCAGGCGGUGCGACUGCACAAUCCCUCAGGGUCAUCCUCCUCUCCGAGGACCCGACCCGGCCCACGACAGCCGCCAUGAACGUCGCCGGGCCGGGCACGGCCCUGGCCAGCGCUCUCGACAUCAUCAGCCUCAACUACCAGGGCGAAGGGCAUGGCACUUCGACGAACGGCUCCUUCGCCGCUUUCCAUGCCGCCUACCCAGACAAAGUCAUCUGGUCCAGCGAGAGCGCGUCGACCGUCAGCACGCGCGGCACGUACGUCUUCCCCGUGACAAGCGCCAACUCGGCUAUUGUUGGACCGGGGUCGGGGCUUAACGAGUCAGCGCUACAAGUAAGCGCGUAUGAACUGUACCAUCCCAGCUGGGCGUCGUCGCCUGACAAGGUCUUUGCAGCGCAUGAUCGGAAUCCGUACGUGGCGGGGGAGUUUGUGUGGACCGGGUGGGAUUAUCUGGGCGAGCCGACGCCCUAUGACAGUCCCGCUGGUGUCAGUGGUGGUGCGCGGAGUUCAUAUUUUGGGAUUAUUGACCUGGCCGGGUUCAGGAAGGACAGGUUUUAUCUUUACCAGGCGCGGUGGAGGCCGGAGCUGCCGGUGGCGCAUAUCUUGCCGCAUUGGACCUGGCCGGAGCGGGUUGGCCUAGAGACGCCGGUGCAUGUGUUUUCGUCUGGGGACGAGGCCGAAUUGUUUGUCAAUGGCAACUCGGCUGGGAGGGUGAAGAGGGGGCAGUAUGAGUACCGGUUCAGGUGGAAUAAGGUGGUGUAUCAGCCUGGGGAGGUGAAGGUGGUGGCGUACAAGGGGGGCAAAGAAUGGGCGGUGGAUGUGAAGAGGACGGUGGGCGAAGCAAAGGGGCUGAACAUGACAGCUGAUCGGACGACGAUCCGGGGAGAUGGGGAUGACCUGUCGUUUGUUACCGUGGCGGUGGUCGAUGAGAACGGGGACACUGUGCCGCGGGCCAGUAAUGCCAUCACAUUCUCGGUGUCUGGGCCAGGCCAGAUUGUGGCCACUGACAACGGCGACCCGGCGGAUAUGACGGCGUUUCCGUCCUUGACGAGGAAGGCCUUCAGCGGCUUGUCACUGGCUGUUGUCCGGGCUGAUAAAGGGGCGUCCGGAGAUAUCACUGUCUCGGCAUCUGCCAGUGGCUUGAAGGGGGCGAGGGUAACUCUAAAGGCGCGCUAGGCCGUAGUACUCCGUGUAGCGUAUGGGCCACGGAGUCUGAUGCUGCCUGGCCUCUGGAGUUGUGCUGGGGUACUGGUUCGAUG